AUGAGUUGCCAUAAAUUUGGUCAUUUUAAGCACCAAUUGGCGGGGCACCUGGUGUACCUGGUGACCCUGGUAGAAUGCCACCUGGUAGGAUACCAGGAGGUAGUAUACCAGGUAGAGGGUAUGGCAGUGGAACAGGCCUGGGUGGAAUGGGUGUUGAUGGUUUCGAACCAGGAUACUAUCAGUGCGUUAACCAUCCCUGAAAUCUAUGCUCAGGCACCAGCUGCCAUUGAAAGGCUCAGGGACAAAGGUGACAAUGUGUCAGCUGAUGAACUAGAUGAUUUGGUUGUCAAACUAAAGCAAGAUCAGGAGGCACUGAGAAUAGCCGCAGGGAUAUUUCCGCCUGAUGAAAACCUAUUGAAUUACAUAAUAGGAUUGAUGCAAACACACCAAAAACGGGCCGAGGUGCUUAUCAAACUAAGUAAUCAACUUUAAUCACAAAAUAUUACCAAGCAUAUAUUUAAGUUAUAAUACAUUUGUCGUUUAUUAAUGUAAAUUGAAUAUAAUUUAUCACGCGCAAUGUUAUUUAAUUGUGUAUAUAAGGUAAGUCAAAAUUAAAAUUGUAAUCAUUUAUGCAUUUAUGAUUAAAAUUUAUUAUAAAGUUUA